AUGCAAAAUAACUGGAAUUUAAUAACGAUUACCUCUCUUAUUCAGAAUGGUAUCUCCCAUAUACCAUCAUACUUAUUACAAGAAAGUGUUGCAUUACUUCAUCUUAUGCUUCAAGUUGAUCCGACUAAACGAAUUCGUAUUGAUGAUCUUCUGUGUCAUCCAUGGCUUAUGAAUCAUGUUUAUACCAAACCUGUCAAAUGGCAAUCUAUCUAUCCAAAUAAAUUAGAUCUAUCAUGUGUAAGUGAAAUGUCUUUAUAUUAUGGUCGGUCUGUAAAUGAUAUUGUACAAGAACUUUCUCAUAAACGGUACGAUUAUAUGACAGCAACAUAUUUUAUUUUAUUGAAUCUUAAGUCACAAAAUAAAUCAAUACGUCUUUCACGUAACCACACAAAUCCACGAUCACACAUUAAUUAUCAACAUCCACCACCAGCCGAUCUUCUUUUAUCUCAUCAAGAUAAAACACAUGUACCAAUUACAAAUGGAAUGAGAUCAACGAUACGAACAAAUCAAGAAUGUUGUAAUCAUAAAUCUCCAAAUAAAGAAAAUAUUGAAAAUUCACAAACACGACAACAAGAACAAACAACACCAAUAAUCAAUAGUGUUGAAUGUGAUGGUUUAAACACUAUUACACAAAUUCUUACAUCAAAACGAAUUAGUACAAAUAAACCAAGAAAAACUUGGGUAUAUAAUUUAUUGACGAUAUCAUCAUAA